CCGACAGCCAUGGCCGCCGCCGUCUCCGCCGGCCCCGGGGCUCCCGUCCCCGCCGACGAGCUGGUUCCGAAGGGCGAUUCCGACAAGACCGAGGAGGAGCUGGAGGAGGACGACGACGACGAGCUCGACGAGACCCUGUCGGAGCGGCUGUGGGGGCUGACGGAGAUGUUCCCGGAGCGCGUCCGCUCCGCCGCGGGGGCCACGUUUGACCUCUCCGUCUUUGUGGCUCAGAAGAUGUACAGGUUUUCCCGCGCCGCCUUGUGGAUCGGGACCACCUCCUUCAUGAUCCUGGUCCUCCCGGUGGUCUUCGAGACGGAGAAGCUGCAGAUGGAGCAGCAGCAGCAGCUGCAGCAGCGGCAGAUCCUUCUAGGGCCCAACACUGGGCUGUCAGGAGGAAUGCCAGGGGCUCUGCCUCCACUUCCUGGAAAGAUCUAGAUCGUGGCCGGGCUGUUCGACCUGUCUUAGUGGGAGAAGUUUGCAAAGUCAAUAGUGAUUGAACUGCUGUCUUAUCUGGAGUGUUUUUAAACGUUGGCGCAUGGGGUUGUCUGAACCCUGCGAGGAGAUGGCGCCCCAGACACUGUCUCGGACAGGCUUCCCAGGGCCGGAUGGCGCCUCCCCUUGCCUCCCUCCUGAUAGCAGAGCCCUGCAGCGCAGACGGUUAUUCCUGCUCAGCAUUGCCCUGGCACCCCCGCUGCCGUCGCCGGGGACCCUCACUCACCAUCUGGUGGCGGGGAGGGCCCCUCCCCCAUUCAUUACUGUUUUGUUCUGAAGCGUGGCGUAUGGGGGAGGAGUGAACAACACCGGGGUGUCCUGGGAGCGUCAGGGCGACCCUGCGGCCGCUGCUGAUCGCAGUCUGAAGGGAGCAACAGGGGUCAGCUCCUCCGCACACUCCGGCUGUUAACGUCUGUGUGUAUGAAGAAAAAAAAAAUCACUGCUCAUUUUUUGUAUUUAGAAGAUUAAAAAAUGAUUCCACCUGAA